AAUACAUAAAUAAAAUUGAAUAUUUUCAUCAUCAAUAUAAACAAAUGUUUUGUUGCAUAAUAAUUAUUUAAUUAUUAAUAACAUAAAUAAUAAAUAAUGAACGCACAAGAAGCGAAAUACCAUACAGUAGAAAAAAAUCCAUGUUUUGAGGAACACAACUUAGCUCAAAAAUGUCUUUUUAAAAAUAAUUUCAAUCGUGAUCCAUGUGUUUUACAUUUCGAUAAUUACAAAGCCUGUAAAAAAUUUUGGAAUGAAGUACAAAAAACAAGAAGCAGACAAAACAUAGAACCUGCUCUUCCACCACUUGAAGAAAGACGUAAAAUAAAAGCAGACUAUCUUAAUCAAUUUAAAUAAUAUUAAUAGCAAUAAAUUAUUAUCAAUAUUGUUAUUAAUAAUUGUGGGAAAAAAUGAGUUAAAUAA